AUGACAGGUACACAAAUCCUCGAGCUGUUUGGCCCGGCGCCAGAACCCCCGUCCGAGCUAGGCCGCUACCGAAUCCUUUCACCCACAGCGGGCAUACGCGUUUCUCCCCUCCAGCUCGGUGCACUAUCUAUCGGGGACGCAUGGAGCGCCGAUCUCGGCUCAAUGGAUAAGGACUCGGCCAUGGCACUGCUAGACGCCUACGCCGCCUCUGGGGGUAACUUCAUCGACACAGCCAAUGCGUACCAGAACGAGCAGUCGGAAACGUGGAUUGGAGAAUGGAUGGCCAACCGCAACAACCGGGAUCAGAUGGUGAUUGCCACCAAGUUCGGGCCCGACUACCGAGCCCAUGAACUGGGCAAGGGGCUCGCGGUGAAUUAUUCGGGGAACCACAAGCGCAGCCUACACAUGAGCGUGCGCGACUCACUGCGUAAACUACAAACUAGCUGGAUUGACAUCCUCUACCUGCACACAUGGGACUACACCACCUCUGUCCCAGAGCUCAUGGACGCGCUGCAUCAUCUUGUGCAGCGUGGAGAGGUCCUCUACCUGGGCAUUUGCAAUACACCGGCUUGGGUUGUUAGCGCUGCCAACACUUAUGCCCAGCAGCAGGGCAAGACCCAGUUCUCUGUCUACCAGGGUCGCUGGAAUCCCCUGCGGCGAGAGCUCGAGCGCGAUAUUCUGCCGAUGGCGCGGCACUUUGGGAUGGCCAUAACCGUGUAUGACGCCCUUGGCAGUGGCAAGUUUCAAUCACGGAAGAUGCUCGCGCGCCGGAAAGAUCAGGGGGAAGGGCUGCGGGCGAUAUAUGGCAGGCAACAGACAGCGCAGGAGGAGGCGAUGAGCAACGCGCUGGGGGUUGUUGCAGCGCAGCAUGGAAUUGAAUCAGUUACCGCCGUUGCCCUGGCGUAUCUGCUGGCAAAGGCUCCGUACGUCUUUCCAAUCAUCGGCGGACGCAAGAUCCAGCACUUGCAUGACAACAUCCAGGCGCUCUCGCUCCGGCUCACCCAUGAAGAGAUCAAAUAUUUAGAAAGCGUGGGGGAUUUUGACCUGGGAUUUCCGUACGAUAUGGUUGGAGUGGAUCCAGCUGAUACUGGGAUGGCUACUCCCAUUGUGGCUCAGGCAGCGCCGAUGGCGUUUGUCCAGAGAUCGAAGGCUAUAGGAUACUCUGAAUCCAAUAAAGGGCUGAGUGAGUAG